AAAUCCUUCAAGGACAGGAAAGACAAAGGCAAUUUUGCCUUCCAGCACACCAACACAACAAACAACACAGAAGUGAAGAAGACAGAAGAGGCGAUGGCGGAUGUGGAGGAGUGGUUGACGGGGCUCAAGCUCACCAAGUACAUCCAAGUGUUUGCGGACCAUGGCGUCGAUUCACUGGAGAAAGCUGGCGCCCUGACGAGCGACAAGCUCACGGAGAUGGGCAUCACACUCCAGGGCCACCGCAACCGCAUUCUGAAGCACCUGCCUUCAGCGGGUGCUACAGACGAACAGCAGCAGGCGCAGCUGGAACAGCAGGAACAGCAGGAACAGCAGGAACAGCCCCAAGAACCUUCACAGCCGCAGACAGCAGCACCCGCCGAGCAGCAGCAAGACGAAGCAGAGGCCGGCCCAGAGGCUGCACCGGCCCCACCUCGGCCCGCGCCAAAACCAAAACCAAAGCCGAAACCAAAACCUCGCACGGACUCCCUGUCCGCUGAGCAGCCACCUGCAGCCGAGAACAACGGUACACCCACGCAACAGCAGCAACAGCAAGAAGAACAGCAGCAUGUGCAGGAGGAGCAGCAGGAAGAAGAACAGCAGCAGGAAGGAGAACAGCAAGUGCAGCACGGGGCUCAAUCUGAAGAAGAUGACGUGCAAGAGCAAGCAAACCCAGAGCCGGUCGCGGCACAGAACACGGGGGCUGCGUCGACGAAAGAGGAAACCAUUGAUCAGCUGGACAACAUCCUUGGCGAUAUCGAAAACAUGCUGGGCGACCUGGAUGGCCCGCACAUGGCGGAGGAGACAGGGCAGGGGCACGACGGAGCCCAAAGCACCAAGCACAUCGAUGAUGGUGAUUAUGAACACAAUGCAGACACAGGCAUGGCAUCCAGCGUCGCCGUCCUCUCAAGCAUGCAAGAUUCCGAUCUUGAUGACCUGCUUGCCGACCUCUGCAGUUUUGGAACCGAGAAAUACUUCCCCCACUCUGUGCGGGCGGACAUUGAGGCGACUGCGCAGACGUCACAGCUCGCCGGAAAUGCAAAACGCCGACUCUUCCAGGAGUACUUCAGCAACACGGCGCGCGUGCCGGACGUGAAGGGAUUUGCGCAGAUCAAGGAGGGCAAGAAGUGGAAGAAGCGGUUCUGCGUGCUCCGCGCGUCGGGCGUCUACUUCUCAGCAAAGGGCGAAUCAGAGGCCUCUCGCGAUCUGCAAGUGUACGUCAAGUUUGAUGAGCACUACGUAUGCACGCCGCUGCCGGCGUUCCUCACCAAACUCAAGGCGCCGACACACUUUGCCAUUGCCUUCCGCCCCAACAUCCGCAAGCGGCGGUUUGAGCCGCAGGAUAUUCCGACCAUGACGUUCAGCAGCGACGACGACCGCAACAUCUGGCUAGCCGGCAUCCGCUUUGCCGUGUUUGGCGCGAACCUGCGCGAAGGGUACGAGGAGACGUGCAAGCGCUUUGACAAGCUUGCUGAGCUGGGCGAGUUCAACCCUGACACGGCCAAGCAGUUCAAGGCGCCCACGCGACAGGAUGUCCGCCACGUGAACAAGAAGCUCGUGCAAAAGUGGCAAAGCAUGCGCGCUGCGUCAUCGGAUUCGCCAAACGUCUCCGCCGCCACUGGCGUCGAGUUUGAUGACUUUGCCGACGACAGCAAGAGCGGCGACGGCAAGAACGGCGAGAAAGAUUCCAUCACGUCGCAGCUGCUGCAGCACGCCUGGUUCCACGGCGCUCUCUCGCGCGACGCGGCCGAGGCCCUGCUCAGGGACUACAACUUCGCGCAAGGGGCGUAUCUUGUUCGCGAAUCGACGAGCCAUCCUGGCGAUUACGUCAUUUCGCUCUGCUUCGAGUCCAAGCCGCAUCACUACAAAGUCAAGAAGGUGCAGGGUAGUGGCGGGCGCGUGUCGUUUGGGCUUGACCAGGGUCCGCGCUUUCCGUACCUGCCAGACCUCAUCACCCACUACUCGGGCAAUGUGGGCCGUCUUCCAACACAGCUCGCACUCGCCAUCCCGCGCAAGAACUGAUGUGUGCAUGCCCGUCACAAGAGCGUCGUGUGUUAAGAUGGGUUAUGGUUGUGGUGGGUGUGAUGAUUGUGUGGUGGUAGUAGUGAUGAUGACGCCGACAGUGUGCGCACUCCAAGCCGGCUACACAGGCAACACUUGCAAGUCUGCGGGUUUGUGUUGCCUUCGUGCUGCUCUUCAAAUGUGUGUGUGUGUGUAUGUGUGCGUUGUGGUAUGUAGUGUUGUAGCCCAUUCUGCACAUGCGUGUGCAUGUAAGCGUGCAUGUGCAUGUCUGUGCGUCCCUGUCCUGUCCUGUCUUUCUGUCUUUCCCCCUUGUCUCUGACCAUUAUCAUCAUCGUCGUCGUCGUGGUUAUUGUUGCCGUCGUUUGUUGAUCUGGUGUUCUUGUUGCUGUUGCUACUGGUUGCUGUUCGUUGGGCGCUUUGUGCCCGCCCAUCCGUAAACGACUGGUGUCUCACAUCGCGUUUACUCCAAUACCAAACUCAAUCAAUGGUG